AUGACGGAGACACGGGCAAAACUGCGGGAGAGAUCGGCGUCAGAGGAAAGUCGCAGUGAGCUGAGCAACUCGCCCAGCCCUGGAGACACUCUGCCAUGGAACCUGCCUAAACACCAGCGCGUCAAGCGGUCCAAGUCCGCCUCUGGAGAUGUACUGGACCCGGCCGAGAGAGCUGUCAUCCGCAUCGCAGAUGAACGAGAUCGGGUACAGAAGAAGACCUUCACCAAAUGGGUGAACAAACAUUUAACAAAGGCUCAGAGGCAUAUUACUGACCUGUAUGAAGAUCUCAGAGAUGGACACAACCUCAUCUCUCUGCUGGAGGUGCUCUCUGGGGAGACACUGCCCAGAGAGAAGGGGCGCAUGCGCUUCCAUAAGCUCCAGAAUGUACAGAUUGCAUUGGACUUCCUUAAACAUAGACAGGUCAAACUGGUCAACAUCAGAAAUGAUGACAUCGCAGAUGGAAACCCCAAGCUUACCUUGGGUUUGAUAUGGACAAUCAUCCUUCAUUUCCAGAUCUCGGACAUACAAGUGAAUGGGCAGUCAGAUGACAUGACAGCCAAAGAAAAGCUACUCUUGUGGUCCCAGCGAAUGGUUGAGGGUUAUCAUGGCAUGCGCUGUGAUAACUUCACCUCUAGCUGGCGGGAUGGAAAACUCUUCAAUGCCAUUAUCCACAAACACAGACCCAAUCUGAUUGACAUGAAUAAAGUGUACAGGCAGACCAACCUGGAGAAUCUGGAGCAGGCUUUUAGUGUGGCAGAGAGAGACUUGGGCGUCACCCGUCUGCUUGAUCCUGAAGAUGUGGAUGUGCCACACCCAGAUGAGAAGUCCAUAAUCACAUAUGUCUCUUCCCUCUACGAUGUCAUGCCCAGAGUUCCUGAUGUGCAGGAUGGAGUCAAAGCCAAUGAGCUGGAGCUUCGCUGGCAGGAGUACUAUGAGAUUGUUACUAUGCUGCUCCAAUGGAUCAGACAUCACAUCAUUGUGUUUGAAGAGAAGAAGUUCCCCACCAGCUAUGAGGAGAUUGAGGUCCUUUGGCGUCAAUUUUUGAAGUUUAAAGAGACUGAAUUGCCAGCAAAGGAAGCUGAUAAAAAUCGCUCCAAACACAUCUACAAGUCCUUGGAGCCUGCAGUUCAGGCUGGUCAGAUCAAGGUGCCCCCUGGUUACCAUCCUCUGGAUGUGGAGAAGGAGUGGGGUCGUCUGCAUGUGGCCAUCCUGGAGCGUGAGCGCCUGCUUAGGACGGAAUUUGAAAGGCUGGAGAGGCUGCAGAGGAUUGUCAGCAAAGUGCAGAUGGAGUCUGGAGUGUGUGAGGAGCAGCUCAACCAGGUCGAGACUUUGCUGCAGACGAAUGUGCGACUGCUCAGUGCUGGAAAACCAGUUCAGCACACAGGUGAAAUGGAGGCAGACCUGGACAAGGCUGAGAACAUGAUCCGUUUUUUGUUCAAUGAUGUACAGCUGCUUAAAGAUGGGCGCCAUCUACAGGCAGAACAAAUGUACAGGAGAGUGUAUCGUCUACACGAGCGUCUUGUGAACCUACGCAGUGAGUACAACCUGCGUCUGAAAUCUGGAGUAACUAUAACACAGGUGCCCAUGACCCAGGUGCCGAUUACACAGACUGUACAGCAGUCUGCCAUGCGAGUGCGCCCAGAGCUGGAUGAGGUCACCCUGCGUUACAUCCAGGACCUCUUAGCUUGGGUGGAGGAGAACCAGCGACGCAUAGACGGGGCUGAAUGGGGCUCAGAUCUGCCCUCUGUUGAGUCUCAUCUGGGCAGCCACCGUGGCCUCCACCAGUCUGUGGAGGAUUUCAAGUCCAAGAUUGACAGAGCACGGGCAGAUGAGACCCAGUUAACCCCAGUCAGCAAAGGAGCCUACAGAGACUAUCUCGGCAAGCUGGACUUGCAAUAUGGAAAAUUGCUGAACUCUUCCAAGGCUCGCCUGCGCCAUCUGGAUCAACUUCAUGCUUUUGUCAGCGCUGCUACAAAAGAGUUGAUUUGGCUUAAUGAGAAAGAGGAGGAAGAGGUCAACUAUGACUGGAGUGACCGCAACAGCAACAUGACUGCAAAGAAAGAUAACUACUCGGGUUUGAUGAGAGAAUUAGAACAGAGAGAGAAAAAAGUCAACAGUGUCCAGGCUACAGGAGACAAACUACUGAAGGAGGGCCAUCCAGCCAAGAAGACUGUGGAGGCCUUCACUGCAGCUCUGCAGACUCAGUGGAGUUGGAUCUUGCAGCUGUGCUGUUGCAUUGAGAGUCACCUUAAAGAAAACACAGCUUACUUCCAGUUUUUCUCUGAUGUGAAAGAGGCAGAGGAGAAAAUGAGGAAGAUGCAGGAGAUGAUGAAGAAAAAAUACAUUUGUGACCGUUCCAUUACUGUCACACGACUGGAGGACCUGCUACAGGAUGCAAUGGAUGAAAAAGAGCAGCUGAAUGAGUUUAAGACACAUUUGGAUGGCCUCAACAGAAGGGCAAAGACUGUCAUUCAGCUAAAGCCCCGGAAUCCUGCCACUCCUAUCAAGGGCAAAAUGCCCAUUCAGGCUGUCUGUGACUUCAAACAAAUGGAGAUCACAGUUCAUAGAGGUGAUGAGUGUACCCUGGUGAACAAUUCUCAGCCCUAUAAAUGGAAGGUCCUGAGCUCAACUGGAAAUGAUGCCACUGUACCCUCCAUCUGCUUCAUCAUCCCUCCUACCAACAAAGAGGCUGUGGACAGUGUCUCUGGGCUGAGCUCCAGUCUUCAAAAGUUGCUGGUUUUGUGGCAGAAGCUGCAUGUGGACAUGAAGAGCCUCCUGUCCUGGCAAUACCUCAUGAGAGACAUCCAGCUUAUCAACUCCUGGAACUUCAUCAUUUUUAAGACUCUGAAAGUUGAAGAAUACAGGCUGGCUCAGAAGAAUCUGGAGCAGCAUUAUCAGGACUUCAUGCGUGAUAGUCAAGAUUCAGAACUGUUUGGACCAGAUGACCGGAUGCAAGUAGAGAGUGGCUACAACAAGGCCACACAACACUACGACAGUCUCUUGCGCUCUGCUGAACAAGGUGAGCAAGAUGAGUCAGUGUGCAAGAGCUACCUGUCUCAGAUAAAGGAUCUGAGGCUGAGACUGGAGGGGUGCGAGUCUCGUACAGUCAACCGCCUCAGACAGCCUGUGGACAAAGAGCCUCUAAAGGCCUGUACACAGAGAACCACUGAGCAGAAGAAAGUGCAGUUGGAACUGGAAGGCAUUAAGAAAGACCUUGAUAAGGUGGCAGAGAAGACAGAAGCUGUGCUGGCAUCUGCUCAGCAGUCCAGCUCUGCCCCCAUGUUACGCUCUGAGCUUGACAUCACACUGAAAAAGAUGGAGCAUGUCCACAGUCUGUCAUCUGUCUAUCUGGACAAAUUGAAGACCAUUGAUGUGGUCAUCCGAAGCACACAAGAGGCUGAGGACAUACUCAGGAAAUAUGAGAACCAGUUACGUGAUGUCCACAAAGUUCCUGCAGAUGAAAAGGGAGUGGAGGCUGACCUUGCUCAGCUCAAGAAAUUGCGUAAAGAUGCUGAAGGCAAACAGCCAGUCUUUGACAAUUUGGAGGCAGAGUUACAGAAAGCCAUGGGGGUAAACGAGCGCAUGGUGCGAGUGCACAGCGAGCGUGAUUCAGAGCUUGAACACUACAGGCAGGCGGUGGCUGGCCUGAAAGAUCGCUGGCAGGCCAUUUUUGCUCAGAUCGAAUUGAGGCAGCGUGAGCUGGACCAUCUUGCCCGCCAGAUGCAGGCUUAUCGACAGAGCUAUGACUGGCUCAUCCACUGGACCACUGAUGCCAAGCAGAGGCAGGAGAAGAUCCAGGCCAAGCCUAUUAAUGACAACAAGGCACUUAAGGAGCAGCUAGAUCAAGAGAAGAAACUCCUGGAGGAGAUUGAGAAGAAUAAAGAAAAGGUUGAAGAGUGUCAUAAAUUUGCCAAGUCCUACAUUGAUUCUGUAAAGGAUUAUGAGCUUCAGCUGGUCACAUACAAAGCCUUGGUAGAACCCAUGGCUUCACCUCUGAAGAAAGCCAAAAUGGAAUCUGCAUCUGACAGUAUCAUCCAAGAGUAUGUGACGCUGAGAACACGCUACAGUGAACUAAUGACUCUGACAAGCCAGUACAUUAAAUUCAUUAAUGAUACACAGCGACGUCUAGAGGAUGAGGAGAAAGCUUCUGAAAAACUUAAAGAGGAAGAGAGAAAAAAGCUGGCAGAGAUGCAGGCUGAGUUAGAAAAGCAAAGGCAGUUAGCUGAAUCUCAUGCAAAAGCCAUUGCCAAAGCUGAGCAAGAGGCGGAAGAGCUAAAGUUAAAAAUGAAAGAAGAGGUCAACAAGAGACAGGUUGUUGCUGUGGAUGCAGAGAAACAGAAGCAAAACAUUCAACAGGAGCUGCAUGAGCUCAAAAACCUUUCAGAACAGGAAAUCAAGUCAAAGAGUCAGCAAGUGGAGGAAGCUCUGCUUAGCCGUACCAAAAUCGAGGAGGAGAUCCGUGUCAUCCGACUCCAGUUGGAAACCACGGUUAAACAAAAGGCUACAGCUGAGUCUGAACUCAAGCAACUCAAGGAUAAGGCAACUGAGGCUGAUCGGCUGAGAAAGGCGGCUCAGGAGGAAGCUGAGAAGCUUCGCAAACAGGUUACUGAAGAAACACAGAAAAAACGCAAGGCAGAGGAAGAGCUCAAAUCCAAAUCAGAAGCUGAGAAGGAGGCAGCUAAGCAGAAACAGAGGGCCCUGGAUGAUUUGGAGAAGUUCAAGAGACUAGCAGAGGAGGCUGAGAGGCACAUGAAACAAGCUGAACAGGAGAAGGAGAGACAGAUCAAGGUUGUAGAGGAGGUAGCUCAGAAAACUGCUGCCACAGAGCUCCAGAGUAAACGCCUGUCAUUUGCUGAGAAAACAGCAAAGCUAGAGGAGUCUCUCAAGCAAGAGCAUGGCACUGUUAUUCAGCUGCAGGAGGAAGCAGAACAUCUUAAAAAGCAACAAGCUGAAGCAGACAAGGCAAGAGAGGAAGCAGAAAAGGAGCUGGAAGUCUGGAGGCAGAAAGCCAAUGAAGCCCUACGUCUUAGGCUCCAGGCAGAGGAGGAGGCCCAUAAAAAGAGUGCUGCCCAAGCAGAGGCAGAGAAGCAGAAGGAGGAGGCUGAGCGAGAGGCAAAGAAGAGAGCUAAAGCCGAAGAAGCUGCUCUGAAACAGAAAGAAAUUGCUGAGAAAGAGUUGGAUAAACAGAGGAAACUUGCUGAGGAGACAGCCCAGCAAAAACUUAAGGCAGAGCAAGAGCUAAUUCGCUUAAGAGCAGAUUUUGACCAAGCUGAACAGCAAAGAACUCUGCUGGAUGAUGAGCUUCAGCGCCUUAAAAGAGAUGUAGAUGCUGCGGUAAAACAAAGAAAGCAGCUAGAAGAAGAACUGGCUAAAAUGAAGAAAGAAAUGGAAGAUCUUCUGCAAAUGAAAGUCAAAGCAGAAAAAGAGACUUUGUCUAACACUGAAAAGAGCAAGCAGCUUCUUGAAACUGAGGCAUCCAAAUUGAGGGAACUUGCCGAAGAGGCAGCUAAGCUAAGGUCAGUUGCAGAGGAGGCCAAAAAGCAGAGGCAGGUCGCUGAAGAAGAGGCAGCUCGUCAGAGAGCAGAAGCAGAGAGGAUCCUUAAAGAAAAGCUUGCUGCUAUUAAUGAGGCAAUGCGUUUGAAGACUGAGGCAGAGAUUGCUUUGAAAGAGAAAGAGGCUGAAAAUGAACGUCUCAAGAGGAGAGCUGAGGAUGAAGCUGAUCAGAGGAAGGUUCUUGAAGAUCAAGCAGCCCAACACAAAAAAGAUAUUGAGGAAAAGAUCAACCAGCUAAAGAAGUCCUCUGAUUCUGAAUUAGAAAGGCAAAAGACAAUUGUUGAAGAAACUUUGAAACAAAGGAAGAUCAUUGAAGAGGAGAUCCUCAUUCUUAAACUCAAUUUUGAGAAGGCAUCAACUGGGAAACAGGACCUUGAGUUGGAGCUGAACAAACUAAAGAGCAUUGCAGAUGGCACUGAAAAGAGCAAAAUAAAGGCAGAGAAAGAGGCUGAGAAACUACGAAAAAUUGCUCUGGAAGAGGAGAAGAAGAGGAGAGAGGCAGAGGAAAAAGUGAAAAAGAUCACUGCUGCAGAAGAAGAGGCAGCAAGACAGUGCAAAGCUGCUCAGGAAGAAGUUGAGCGCCUCAAACAGAAAGCUGAGGAGGCCAAAAAGCAGAAGGAAGAUGCUGAUAAAGAAGCAGAAAAACAGAGAGUUUUGGCCAAAGAUGCAGCACAAAAAUGCACUGCUGCAGAACAGAAAGCCCAGAAUGUAAUUGUUCAACAGAAACAGGAUAGUGCUGCCCAGGGAAAACUUAAAGAAGAGUUUGAAAAGGCCAAGAAAUUAGCAGAGGAUGCUGCAAAGGCUAAAGAAAAGGCCGAAAAAGAAGCUGCACUCCUCCGUCAAAAAGCAGAGGAGGCUGAGCGACAGAAGAAGGCAGCUGAGGCUGAGGCUGCCAAACAGGCUAAGGCUCAGGAGGAUGCUGAAAGACAAAGAAAGGAAGCUGAAAAUGAAGCUGCUAAGCGAUCAGAGGCUGAAGCAGCUGCUCUGAAACAGAAACAGCAAGCUGAUGAGGAGAUGGCCAAGCACAAAAAGCUGGCUGAAAAGACCCUUAAGCAAAAGUCUCAGGUUGAGCAAGAAUUGGCCAAAGUGAAGUUACAACUUGAUGAGACUGACAAACAGAAAUCAGUGUUAGAUGAUGAGUUGCAACGUCUAAAGAAUGAGGUCAGUGUUGCUGUCAAGCAGAAGUCUCAAGUGGAAGAUGAGCUCUCCAGAGUAAAGAUUCAAAUGGAGGAGUUAGUCAAGCUGAAGCUGAAAAUUGAAGAAGAAAACCGACAACUUAUUAAAAAAGAUAAGGACAACACAAAGAAACUGCUUGAGGAAGAAGCUGAAAACAUGAAAAAGCUGGCAGAAGAGGCUGCACGGCUCAGUGUGGAGGCGCAAGAAGCAGCCAGAUUGAGACAGAUUGCUGAAUCUGACCUUGCACAACAGAGGGAACUGGCUGAAAAAAUGCUAAAGGAAAAAAUGCAAGCAAUUCAAGAAGCAACCAAGCUCAAGGCUGAGGCUGAAAAGCUUCAGAAGCAGAAAGACCAGGCACAAGAGCAGGCUCAAAAACUGCUAGUUGACAAACAAGAGAUGCAGCAACGCUUAGAACAAGAAACAGAGGGUUUCCAGAAAUCUUUAGAGGCUGAACGUAAAAUUCAGCAAGAGGUGGCUGCUGAAGCUGAGAAACUGAAGCUCAGGGUGGCUAAGCUUAGUGAUGCUCAGUCCAGAGCAGAGGAGGAAGCUAAGAAAUAUAAGAAACAGGCAGAUGAGAUCAGAGCUCGGCUCCAGGAGACAGAAAAGCAAACUACAGAAAAACUCACUGUUGUUGAGAAACUGGAAGUUCAAAGGCUGCAGAGCAACAAAGAAGCCGAUGAUCUGCGUAAAGCAAUAACUGAACUUGAGAAAGAAAAGGAGAAGCUGAAAAAAGAGGCAGAGGAUUUAAAAAAUAAAUCUAAAGAGAUGGCCAGUGCUCAGCAGGAGCAAAUAAUUCAGGAAAAGACCAUCUUGCAGAAGAGUUUUCUUACAGAAAAAGAAGUGCUCUUGAAAAAAGAGAAAACAAUUGAAGAAGAGAAAAAUAAACUUGAGAAAAAGUUUGAAGAUGAAGUGAAGAAGGCCAAAGCGCUAAAAGAUGAACAGGAGCGUCAGAUGAAGCAAAUGGAAGAGGAAAAGAAGAAACUCCAGGCUGCCAUGGAUGCUGCUGUGAAGAAGCAGAAAGACGCAGAGAAAGAGAUGACCAACAAGCAAAGGGAAAUGCAGGAACUUGAAAAGAAAAGACUUGAGCAAGAAAAGCUUCUGGCUGACGAAAACAAGAAACUGCGUGAGAAGCUCCAGCAGCUAGAGAGUGCCCAAAAACCCACAACAUCACAGACUAAAGAAAUUGAGAUCCAGACGGAUAAAGUCCCUGAAAAUGAAGUUACUACGGAUACAGCAAAGAAAGUUCUUAAUGGGGCUGCAGAGGUAGAUGGGAUGAAGAAAAAUGGAGAAUCACCAUUUAGUUUUGAUGGAAUUAGAGAGAAAGUGUCUGCAAGUAGGCUAAACGAUGUUGGCAUACUGAGCAAAAAAGAAUUUGACAAACUGAAGAAGGGCAAAACUACAGUACAAGAACUUAGCAAGACUGAUAAGCUUAAGACCUGCUUGAAAGGAAAAGAUUCCAUUGCUGGUGUAAUCUCAGAGUCCAAUCAAAAAAUGAGCAUUUAUCAAGCUUUGAAGGAAAAGAAAAUUACACCUGAUAUAGCCAUGAUGCUCUUGGAGGCUCAGGCUGCAUCUGGAUAUAUUGUUGACCCCAUUAAGAACAGAAAGCUGUCUGUCAAUGAAGCUGUAAAAGAAGGUUUAAUUGGACCAGAACUCCAUAACAAAUUGCUGUCAGCAGAAAGAGCAGCAGUAGGAUUCAAAGAUCCUUUUACUGGAGGCAGAAUUUCUCUCUUUGAAGCUAUGAGAAAAGGUCUAAUUGCAGAAGACCAGGCCAUAAAACUUCUUGAUGUUCAAAUUGCAACCGGUGGGAUCAUUGAUCCAGUAAACAGUCAUCGUGUUCCCAUACAGACAGCCUGUAAACAAGGACAACUGGAUGAUGAACUAAACAAAGUCCUGUCCAGUAUACCAGAUGACAAUAAAGGAUUCUUUGACCCCAAUACACAAGAGAAACUCACUUAUUCAGAGUUGUUAGAAAAAUGCAGAAAAGAUCCUGAAACAAACCUCCCUCUUCUGCCUAUAACAGAGAAGGCAGCAUUUGCUGAAAAGACCUACACAGAUGAGGAAACUAAAGAUGUAUUCAGUAAGGCGAGUGUCUCUGUGCCCUUUGGGAGAUUUAAGGGAAAGACAGUGACCAUAUGGGAAAUUAUAAACUCUGAGUACUUCACGGAGGAACAGAGAAGAGAUCUAAUUCGUCAGUAUAAGACAGGGAAAAUCACAGUUGAGAAAAUUAUAAAAAUAGUAAUCACUGUGGUUGAAGAAAAGGAGAAAAAGAAUGAGCUUACAUUUGAUGGUUUGAGAUCAUCUGUGUCUGCCUCUGAACUCCUAGACUCCAAGAUCAUAAACAAGGAUCUUUUCAACAAGUUGCAUAAUGGAAAAGCCUCAGUUAAAGAGGUGUCUGAGAUGGAGACUGUUAAGAAGGCUUUGAAGGGAACAAACAGCAUUGCUGGAGUGAUUAUUGAGUCAACCAAGGAGAAGUUACCAUUUUAUCAAGCUAUGAAGAAAAAUCUGCUUGGAGCAGACCAUGCAUUGAACCUUCUAGAAGCUCAGGCUGGGACUGGAUUUGUAAUUGAUCCAGUAAAAAACCAAAAGCUCACUGUUGAUGAGGCUGUAAAAUCAGGUCUUAUUGGUCCAGAGCUGCAUGAGAAACUGUUGUCUGCGGAGCGAGCUGUAUGUGGAUACAAUGACCCCUACACUGGAAAAACUGCUUCUGUGUUUGAGGCAAUGCAAAAAGACCUUAUUACCAAGGAUCAGGCUGUCAGACUUCUUGAGGCUCAGCUAGCCACUGGUGGAAUUAUUGACCCUGUUAAAGGUUACCACAUCCCUCAAGAUGUUGCCUACAAACGUGGCUAUUUUGAUGAAGAAAUGAACAAGCACAUAAGCAGUGCUUCUGAUGUCAGUAAGGUGUUCUUUGAUCCUAACACACAGGAGAAUGUCUCCUAUGCUCAGUUACAGAAAAAAUGCAUCACUGACAAAGAGACUGGUCUAUCAUUACUCCCACUCUCAGAGAAAGCCCUUAAGUUAAAGGAAGAGUAUUCACUCAGUGAAGUCCAAACCAAAGAAGCUUUUAACCAGGCAACAGUGGAGUUACACAGUGGAUCUUUUAAAGGAAGAAAAGUUACAAUUUGGGAGAUAAUUAGCUCUGAAUAUCUUACAGAGGAACAAAGAACUGAGCUGAUCCGGCAGUACAGAUCGGGUAAAGUCAGUAUUGAAAAGAUUAUUAAAAUUGUCAUUACAAUCGUUGAAGAAAAAGAGACACAAAAGCUCAAGGCCAGCUUUGAGGGGCUCAGAGAACAUGUAACAGCAAAAUCCCUUUUGGAGUCAAAAAUAAUUGACAAAGCUACUUAUGAUCAGCUCCAGCAAGGUAAAAGGACACCUAAAGAGAUAAGUGAAAAUGACUCAGUCAAGAGGUAUUUGCAAGGUACUCCUUGCAUUGCAGGGAUCUUUGAUGAAAAAUCCAAAGAAAAGCUGAGCAUUUAUCAAGCAAUGAAGCAGAAACUUUUGACUCAGGACACAGGUAUUUCUUUAUUAGAGGCCCAAGCAGCCACAGGCUAUUUAGUUGACCCUGUCAGGAACCAGAGAUUUACUGUGGAUGAUGCUGUUAAAGCUGGCAUUGUGGGACCUGAGCUUCAUGAAAAACUGCUGCUAGCUGAGAAGGCAGUGACUGGUUACAAAGACCCCUACACUGGUAACAAAAUUUCCCUUCUUCAAGCAAUGCAGAAAGAGCUUGUCCUGAGGGAACACGCCAUCCCUCUGUUGGAAGCUCAAGAAGCCACUGGAGGGAUCAUUGAUCCAGUAAAUAGCCAUCGUGUUCCAAAUGACAUUGCCAUUCAGCGAGGCUACUUCAGCAAGCAGUGGGCCAAACUAUUUAGUGAUCCAACAGACGAUGUCAAAGGUUUCACAGAUCCCAGAACAAAUGAGAAUGUCACUUAUAAAGAACUUAAACAAAGGUGCAUGAAAGAUCCUGACUUCAGCAUUGACCUAUUACCACUCACCAAGGCUGAGGUGCCAUCCCAAAUUGAGAAGUCCUUUGUAUAUACAGAGGAACAAGCACAAACAGACUUGGCUAACACCAAAGUGGAUAUACCACAUGAAAGCUUUUCAGGAAAUCAGAUGACCUUGUGGGAUGUAAUGAAGUCAGAUUUGCUUCCAGAUGAGGAAAAACAAAGACUUCUUGAACAGUAUCGUUCUGGGAAAAUCACAAAAGAACGAAUGAUCAUCAUCAUCAUUGAAAUCAUUGAACAGAGGGAGUUAAUUAAGACAGAGCGAAGCAUGUCAUGUGACAUUAUCAGACGAAGAGUUACAGUUGAAGAGCUCUAUAGUUCUCGUAUAAUUGACCUGGAAACAUAUAAUCUCCUCAAACAAGGCAAGAAAACCAUCCGGGAGGUUAUGGAAAUGAUCACCGUGAGGUCGUAUCUCUUUGGAACUGGUAGCAUUGCUGGUGUGCUCUCAGAUAAUUAUUCCAAAGUCAGCAUAUACCAGGCCAUGAAGAGAGGUCUGAUCAAGCCAGACAUUGGUAUUGCUCUGUUGGAGGCGCAAGCAGCAACUGGAUUUAUCGUUGACCCAGUGAAAGAUGAACUGCUAACAGUUGAUGAAGCUGUCCGCAAGGGUGUUGUUGGUCCUGAGAUCCAUGAUAAACUUUUGUCUGCAGAAAGGGCAGUUACAGGGUACAAAGACCCUUACAGUGGGAAAAUCAUAUCUUUAUUUCAAGCCAUGAAGAAAGAUCUGGUUCCAGAGGAAUUUGCACUGAAGCUUCUUGAAACCCAGGUUGCAACAGGUGGGAUCAUGGACCCUGAGUACAAUUUCCACCUCCCCAUUGAUGUUGCCAUGCAGCGUGGGUACAUAAACAAGGAAACCAGUGAGAGGAUAUCGGACCCAAGCGGAGAUGUGAAAGAGUUUAUUGACCCAACAACAGAUGAAAAACUGUCUUAUGCUCAACUGCUUAAGAGAUGUAGAGUAGAUAAAGAGAGUGGCCUACGCCUACUGUCCCUUGCAGACAAGCGACUUUUGUUCAAGGGUCUUAGAAAACAAAUUACUUUGGACGAGCUGCUUCAUUCUCAGAUCAUAGAUCAGAAGACAUACACAGAACUCACUGAGGGCAUUAUUUCAGUGGAGGACAUUAGCAAAGACCUGAAGAAGUACCUGGAGGGAACAAGUUGCAUAGCUGGAGUAUAUGUAGAGGCUUCAAAAGAAUGUCUGUCAAUCUACCAAGCUAUGAAAAAGAACAUGAUCAGACCAGGUACUGCCUUUGAACUGCUAGAGGCCCAAGCAGCCACAGGAUAUGUGAUUGAUCCAAUCAAAAAUCUAAAACUCAAUGUCAAUGAAGCAAUUAAAAUGGCAAUUGUGGGCCCAGAAUUUAAAGACAAGCUUUUGUCUGCUGAAAGGGCAGUGACUGGUUACAAAGAUCCAUACUCUGGCAAGGUCAUCUCUUUGUUCCAGGCCAUGAAGAAAGGUCUCAUUCUCAAAGAUCAUGGCAUUCGCCUGUUAGAAGCUCAGAUUGCCACAGGCGGAAUCAUUGAUCCUGAAGAGAGUCAUCGCUUACCUGUGGAGGUGGCCUACAAACGUGGUCUCUUUGAUGAGGAGAUGAACAGCAUUCUCACUGACCCCUCUGAUGACACUAAGGGGUUCUUUGAUCCAAACACAGAGGAAAAUUUGACUUACCUUCAACUGAUGGAACGGUGUAUGACUGACCCAGAGACAGGACUUACACUUUUACCAUUGAAAGAGAAGAAACGGGAGAGGAAGACAUCUUCCAAAUCCUCAGUACGCAAACGAAGAGUAGUGAUUGUUGAUCCUGAAACUGGCAAAGAGAUGUCUGUCUAUGAGGCAUAUCGCAAAGGUCUCAUUGAUCACCAGACAUAUUUGGAGCUAGCAGAGCAAGAGUGUGAGUGGGAGGAGAUCACAUUCUCAUCAUCAGAUGGUGUUGUGAAAUCUAUGAUCAUUGACAGGAGAUCUGGACGACAAUAUGACAUUGAUGAUGCCAUCACAAAGGGCCUCAUAGACCAGUCUGCUUUGGAUCAGUAUCGUGCUGGGACUCUCUCUAUUACUGAGUUUGCAGACAUGUUGUCUGGAAAUAUGGGUGGUAUAAGAUCACGGUCUUCCUCCUUUGGAUCAAGUUCAUCCUACUCCAUGAGCCCAGCUCCCUCUAUUAGGCCACCAGCAACAACUUGGAGUGACCCUACGGAGGAAACAGGUCCAGUUGCUGGAAUUCUGGAUACAGAUACUUUGGAGAAAGUGUCUGUUACAGAGGCUAUGCAUAGAAAUCUUGUGGAUAAUAUUACUGGUCAAAGACUGUUGGAAGCACAGGCAUGCACUGGAGGAAUCAUUGACCCAAACACUGGAGAAAAAUUCUCUGUUGCUGAUGCAGUGAACAAAGGUCUUGUGGAUAAGAUAAUGGUUGACCGAAUUAACUUAGCUCAGAAAGCCUUUAAUGGAUUUGAGGAUCCUAGAACCAAAACAAAAAUGUCUGCUGCUCAAGCCUUAAAAAAGGGGUGGUUAUACUAUGAAGCAGGCCAACGAUUUCUUGAAGUACAGUAUCUAACUGGUGGAUUGAUUGAACCUGACAUCUCUGGAAGAGUGUCUUUGGAUGAUGCUGUAAAGAAAGGCACCCUUGAUGCGCGCACAGCACAGAAACUCCGAGAUGUCAGUGCAUAUUCAAAAUAUCUCACCUGCCCCAAAACAAAGCUGAAAAUUUCUUACAAGGAUGCCAUGGACAGAAGCAUGAUUGAGGAAGGAACUGGUUUGCGUCUGCUUGAAGCCUCCUCCCAGUCAAGUAAAGGGCUAUACAGUCCCUACAGUAUCAGCACUUCAGGAUCAACCUCUGGUUCAAGGUCUGGCUCCAGAUCAGGAUCUAGGUCAGGCUCCAGACGAGGAAGCUUUGAUGCUUCAAGCUCUGGAUUCUCCAUGACUUUCUCCUCAUCCUCUUAUGGCUCCCCAAGCUAUGGCCGGCGAUAUGACUCUGGGUCAUAUAGUGGACUCAGUGUAGAGAAAUUAACACAGUCCCUGAUGCUGUUAGGACCUGGCAGACACUGUGGGUCUGAGGAGAGAGGAAUGUUCACACCAUUAUAUGGACAGUCCUCUUUAAUCAUUUAAUUCUUUAAGAAGAAGACAUUUAUUCUGCUCUGCAUGUGGUUGCUACAGGGCUUUGCAGUGUCAGGGAA